CAAAAAAAAAACACAGCGCACAUGCCUCACGUCUCUUGGUUCUCUUCUCGCCACUCUGUUUUUUGCUUUGCUGCUGUAUCCUGUAUGCUUCGUCAAUAUUCCUUUUUCAAACAAAAAAAACGUGUACCCUCCACUAGAUCUACCACCUUCUGUUCCUUUCCUCUCCUUUGCUUCUAACAUCUCUGUCUUGUUCAAAUCCAAUCUCUCUGAUUUUUUUUUUUUUUUGGUGGGUCAUCGUCAAAGUUGUCUCCUUUACGUUCCUUAAUUUUUUAAAGACAGCAUUCUCCAGUUUACACCUCCGUACAAAAAAAAAACAAAGACUCUCUUUGUUCCGUCAGUUCAACAAAUCUCAUCUCUCAACCAUGGACGGUGCCGGAGAUUCACGACACGGUGACGGUUCAGUCGGAGUACAGAUCCGACAAACCCGGAUCCUACCGGACUUUCUCCAGAGCGUGAAUCUCAAGUACGUGAAGCUAGGCUACCAUUACCUAAUCUCGAAUCUCCUGGCUCUCUGUCUCCUCCCCCUCGCCGUCGUUAUCUCCGUCGAAGCGUCUCAGACCGACCCGGAAGAUCUCCGCCAGCUCUGGAUCCAUCUCCAGUACAAUCUCGUCAGCAUCAUCGCCUGCUCCGCCGUCCUUGUCUUCGGUUUAACCGUCUACGUAAUGACCCGGCCCAGGCCCAUUUACUUGGUGGACUUCUCCUGUUACCUCCCGCCUGACCGCCUCAAGGUUCCCGUCUCUCGCUUCAUGAACCACUCUACACUCACCGGAGACUUCGACGAGUCCUCCCUCGAGUUCCAGCGCAAGAUCCUCGAGCGGUCUGGUCUGGGAGAGGACACGUACCUCCCCGAGGCUAUGCACCACGUCCCGCCCACGAUCUCGAUGGCCGCCGCUAGAGAAGAAGCUGAGCAGGUCAUGUUCGGCGCGUUGGAUAAGCUGUUCACGAACACGAACGUGAAGGCGAAGGAUAUUGGGGUCUUGGUUGUGAACUGUAGUCUCUUUAACCCGACGCCUUCGCUGUCGGCGAUGAUCGUGAAUAAGUAUAAGCUUAGGGGUAACAUCAGAAGCUACAACCUCGGCGGGAUGGGAUGCAGCGCGGGGGUCAUCGCGGUGGAUCUCGCUAAAGAUAUGUUGUUAGUGCAUAGGAACACUUACGCGGUUGUUGUCUCCACGGAGAACAUUACUCAGAACUGGUACUUCGGUAACAAGAAAGCAAUGUUGAUUCCUAACUGCUUGUUCCGCGUCGGAGGCUCCGCGGUUCUGCUGUCCAACAAGUCUAGGGACAAGAGAAGGUCCAAGUACAUGCUUUCGCACGUGGUCAGGACACACCGUGGAGCAGACGACAAGGCUUUCCGUUGCGUGUAUCAAGAACAGGACGACACGGGGAGAACCGGUGUGUCCUUGUCGAAAGAGCUGAUGGCUAUUGCUGGGGAGACUCUCAAGACUAAUAUCACCACGUUGGGUCCUCUUGUGUUACCGAUAAGCGAGCAGAUUCUCUUCUUCCUGACUCUUGUUGUGAAGAAGCUUUUUAACGGUAAGGUUAAACCGUAUAUUCCGGAUUUCAAACUUGCGUUCGAGCAUUUCUGUAUCCAUGCUGGUGGAAGAGCUGUGAUAGAUGAGUUGGAGAAGAAUCUGCAGCUUUCGCCGGUUCAUGUCGAGGCUUCGAGGAUGACUCUUCAUAGGUUCGGGAACACGUCUUCUAGCUCCAUUUGGUAUGAGCUGGCUUACAUUGAGGCUAAAGGAAGGAUGAGGAGAGGCAACCGGGUUUGGCAGAUUGCGUUUGGGAGUGGGUUUAAGUGUAACAGUGCGGUUUGGGAAGCUUUGAGGAAUGUGAAACCAUCUAAGGACAGUCCUUGGGAAGAUUGUAUUGAUAAGUAUCCUGUAACCUUAAGUUAUUAGGCUUUGUUUGAGGAAAUUGGAGAGACUAAUCAGUAUCCAUGGUUGUGUUCUGUUUUUGGUCUUUGGCAAAUGUCAAUGUUCUUGUUGUUUUUAUUAUGUUUUGGGAGCUUUUUGUGAUAUUUUUGAGUUACAUUUCUUGAGGUCAUGCAUCAUGUGUUCAAUUCUUAGUUGUGUAAUGACAAAUUCACAAAAUAAUAAAUGAAAAUAAAAUAAAAUGGAA